GAGAGCAAGCGCCUCUUCUUCUGUGGGACGACCGGACCUCGCGCGCAUCUAGGACUAUUAUUUUAUUCUGUACUUUUCACUUCUUUUCUUCUGUCUUACUGUUACCCAUGAGAUGAGAGACUAAUCUAGAACCGGUUCCAAAGCGCUGUUUCCUAGGUUCUGGAUUUCGAAAGUUUUGGGUAGGAGAUUAUGAUGAUGAGGGCAGAGGUCAUCACACUGUGCUUCCUGUUCGGAGUGGCAACAUAUGCCCAGUCAGUCCCAGAAUGCAACAAGAAACAUGAUUGUCCCAUUAACGUGUACUUUACAAUCGACACAUCUGAGACCAUCGCCCUGCAGGAGCCACCCCCUGGCUCCCUGGUGGAGAGCAUCAAGAUGUUUACAGAGCGUUUUGCAGAGCGCCUGGAGGAUGUGGAGUAUAAGGGCGUGGUCCACAUCAGAUGGCAGUUCGGUGGACUUCACUUCUCUCAGACACAAAAGGUCUUCAGCUCCUUCCAAGCCAAGCAAGAUUUCAUAAAGGGGGUCAGAGGGAUCCGCUACCUGGGGAAGGGAACCUACAUCGACUGCGCCCUCGCCAACAUGACACAGGAAGUUAUACGUUCAGCCUCUGACCCCAAAGCACUGCGAUUCGCUGUCAUCAUCACUGACGGUCACGUGACUGGAAACCCGUGUGGUGGAGUGAAGGUUAUGGCUGAGCGGGCGCGUGAUGAGGGCAUCAAAAUGUUUGUGGUCGCAGCAACGAAGAACGUGGAUGAGACUGGUCUUCGGGAGAUCGCUAACUCACCAGCCACUGUCUACAGGAAUGACUUCCUGGCCGUGGAUCUCACCGGAAGCAAGGCCGUUAUACAGGAAGACACCAUUGACCGCAUUAUCCAGGCCAUGACCCACAUGGCAUAUCAGGAGUGCUAUGAAGUGAAGUGUCUGGAGACAGUUGGACCUCCUGGGCCAAAAGGACACAGAGGACAGAAGGGAGCUAAAGGAGACAAUGGUGAUCCCGGUCCCAAAGGGGAGAGAGGCAGACAGGGUGACCCCGGCAUCGAGGGUCCUAUUGGUCAACCAGGAGUCAAGGGUGAAAUUGGUCUAAAGGGUGAAAAGGGGGAGAUUGGAGCUGAGGGUAAGAAAGGAGUUGCCGGCCUUGCUGGACGCAACGGGACAGAUGGGCAGAAAGGCAAGAUUGGACGCAUUGGCGCCCCUGGCUGCAAAGGAGACCCAGGCGACAGGGGCCCUGAUGGUCACCCAGGAGACGUGGGUGAUGGUGGACUUCCUGGAAUAAAUGGGGAGAAGGGAGAUCCCGGUCGUCAAGGAAGAUCAGGACCUGUUGGCCCAGUGGGAGACUCUGGACCUAAGGGUGAAAGAGGGAGUUCUGGAGCACCUGGUUCACCUGGAGUCAAAGGAAAGCCAGGAACGUCUGGAGGCCCAGGAGUCAAAGGAGAACUGGGGAGGAGAGGAGACUUUGGGCCAAAGGGAGCUCAGGGUCCUGAUGGAGUUAAAGGGGACAAGGGUGAAGCGGGUCCUGAGGGCGUCAGAGGAUUUUCGGGUGAAACAGGAACCAAAGGAACCAAGGGGGACAAUGGGCUGCCUGGCCCCCGAGGCCCCCCCGGGUCGCCAGGAGAGGCCGGGAAGAACGGUACCCGUGGCGACCCUGGUGAUUCUGGACCUAGAGGAGAUCCCGGCCUUCAAGGACCAAAGGGCGAUGUGGGAAGAGCUGGCUUCAGUUACCCAGGACCUAGAGGACCAACAGGGGACCGUGGGGAGAAGGGCAGUCCUGGUCCAAGGGGGUCCAGAGGUGACUGUGGCUCUAAAGGAGCACCAGGAACCAAGGGGCCCCUUGGAGAAGAGGGGGAACCAGGGCCUCACGGGGAGCCAGGUUUCAGAGGACCGAGAGGAGGGCCUGGACGAGACGGAGAUCCAGGUCCCGAGGGAGAUCCCGGCCUAACAGAAUGUGAUGUCAUGACCUACAUCAGAGAAACCUGCGGUUGCUGUGACUGUGAGAAGCGUUGUGGGGCGCUGGACAUCGUGUUUGUGAUUGACAGCUCAGAGUCUGUGGGCCUGACUAACUUCACCCUGGAGAAGAACUUUGUGAUCAACACCAUGAACCGACUGGGAUCCAUGGCAAACGACCCCAACUCCGAGACAGGUACCAGGGUGGGUGUGGUCCAGUACAGCCACAGCGGAACCUUCCAGGCCAUCCGACUCAACGACUCCAAGAUUGACUCCCUGUCCGCCUUCAAGGACGCAGUGAAGCGUCUGGAAUGGAUAGCGGGUGGGACCUGGACCCCAUCUGCUCUGAAGUACGCCUACGACCACCUGAUCAGGGACAGCCGCCGGGCCAAUGCCAACGUCACAGUGGUGGUGAUCACAGACGGACGCUUUGACCCCAGAGACGACGACUCACUUCUCACUUACCUCUGCAGUGACCCCAGUGUAGAUGUGAGUGCGAUUGGUAUUGGUGACAUGUUUGACCAGAUUGAGGAAAAUGAGAGCUUGAAGAGUAUAGCAUGUCAGAGAGAUGGACGAGUCCUGGGGAUGAGACGCUUCGCUGAUCUGGUGGCUGAAGAGUUCAUCGACAAGAUAGAGACUGUGCUCUGCCCAGAUCCCAUCAUCGUGUGUCCAGACCUACCCUGUAAGAGUGGAGUGGGCGUGCCCGUGCCUCAUAGUGUGGCCCCUCCUCUCUGGGAGGCGCUGGCGGAGCAAGGCACCCCCUCAAUGGUCCCCUCCUCGGUGGGAGAAGUGGCCAGCCUGCUGGGCAGCCUACGGGAGCAGCCGUAUGGGGUUGGCGUGGCGACCAUGGCCUACACCGCUCAGCGGGCUAAGCUAGCUCAGCCAGGCCCUGACAGGCAGCAGUGGACCAACCUAUUCAUCGAUUCCUUCAGACUGGUCUACGGAGACAUCAUGGGAGACCCAACCAAAGCACUGGGAUUAUGCUAAAAAUCUGAAAAUGCUAGCUAAUUAGCUAACGAUGCUAGCUGAACAAUGCUAGCUGACAGGCUAACAAUGCUAGCAAAUGAGCUAACAGUGCUAGCCCAUGGAAUAACAAUGCUCGCUGAUGGGCUUAAGCUGGCUAAUGGCAUUGGGGUUAUCUUUAUGCUGUAUUGUAGUUUUCAAAGCUUGAUGCUAAUAUUAUUGGCUGUACGGAAAAUAGUGUUAGCGCUGGGCUAAUGUUUUAUGUUUAAAGCGUUUUUUGCAAUCAGUUCUAGGUUUUAGUUUAUUGCUUAGAAUAUUUAGAAUACAUCAGCACCUAGCUUUAAGCUUACAUUGCUCUGGGAGAUUCUGGCCAGAGUAGAUAUGAUUUCAGGCAGAUCAUAACGUAUUCCUCUAACCAAGGGUUAGGGUUACUACCAGCUUAGUUUGAGCUCUAGAGUUUAUCUGUUUAGUUUGUAACAAACAGUGUUAGACAUAGCAAGUAUUCAGUCUUUUGUUUUGGAUGUUGAACGCUUUUAUCACUGUGAACAACUCAAACCACUUGCUGAAUUAGUGAGAGUCCUCAAAGACAACGUUUUGCAUUUUUGCACAUCGCCGUAGUUACAGCAGACAUUUUGUUUUCCUAUGUUAUGAGAAUGUAAAUGUUUUGGUUAGUUUUGCAGAACUAAUUUUGGAGUCUUGUGGUUAGGUAUAUGUGACUGGUGAAUAACUUAAUAAUUGGACAUUAUCUUUUGGAUAAAUCCACAGUGAGUCAAAAGGUUUAAAUACAACUUUGAACCAAAGAUGAAUGUUUUUUAAUAUAAUUAAUGGUAGGAAUACAUCCAGAACUAAUACCACAGUGAACUUUCUAAAAUUGCAUAAUGUACUAUUUUAUUUUAGCUCUAAGACUGCAAUGCUUAGCUUCUGCUAAAGUUAUAUUCAGGGUUGCGGUCAUUUCCAAAUUCAAAAUGGUUCAUCACUGAAAACCACUGAAGACAAUUGAUUUUGUUUAUGAAUUUUCUGAUUUGAAAUUGAAUUGCAAUGGAUCUGACCCGAUCUGGUAUUGGACAUCACGAAGUUCCAUUGAGAUGAUGUAUAAUAACUCAUGUAUAAUAUCAUUUUUAGUAGAGUUUUAUAAAGAUGAUACCUCAUUCAUAAUAUUAUCUUCAGUAGAGAAUGUUUCCAUACAUGUAAUAUUUGCUUUAUUAAAUAAAUCAUCAGAGGAAUGGGAAAAGUGUCAUGAAGUUCUUGUAUUUCUCCUAGUUCUGUUUGUAACCUUUCAUCUAUGGAGAGUAAGGCUCACAUUGAAUCCAGAGCAUGGACCAUGUGUUAUAGCAAGAUUGAGUUAACUCAUGCACAGUUUACUGUGAAUGCAGCAUUGGCUAAUUUAACUUGAAGGUUAAAAAGCCAGAGAUUACUUGGACCCCUACACUUCUGUACUAGACAAGAGUUGCCACUUCUACAGUACGAGGCAUUUACAUGACCCUUACUUUUACAGUCAUGUUAGUUUCUCCUUAACAAUACAGGGCAAAUAUGUUAAUAAUGCUCCGUCACUGAACCUCUAGAAUCAGAACAUGAUUCAACAUUCCCCAGUGUUAACCUCAGUUAGUAACUGACGCAGUGGAUAACACUGCACAACUAUUUGUUAGUGUGACUGUGGGAGUGUUUCUGCAAUAGUUUGUGUAACAGUUGUGGCUUUAACGUUGGGGUGUGUCUAUAGUUUAAUUGGAUGGAUGUGUGUGCGCCGUG